AUGCUGGCGAUGAAAGAGCCCCAAAUUGUUCCACGAAAGCCGCCCUCCUCAGAAUGGAGCCUCCCACCGAGGCCCCCUCGAGUCCCCCUCCCUCGUCAGACCCUCUUCGUGGCCACCUGUCUCAUCUGCCUUGGCAUGGCCGCGAGCGACAUCGAGUCGCGCCGCCUCAGCCGGACUCGAGCCUUGGGUCUCGACUUCCGGAGUCCGACGAGCCAGGCUUUCAACGAGCCCGCCUUCUACGAGACGGCUCAACUGGCCACCGGUGCCCGGCGUCUGGAAUCGUUGGCUCCGCUGGCGCCGACGGCCAGACACCGCAUCCUCAACGACGCCACGGGAGGAUUCGCCUUUCGAGAGGCAGAGAGGGACACGGAUCCGGAGGCAAGAGAUGGCUGGAAGGCCGGACAACCGGACUCGAGGGACCUGGAGCUGGACGCAGCCAUGAUGCCUGAAGAGCCCGGUGCCGCGGUGCUACCGGCCGACUGCGAACUGGUCAAGAUUCCCCUCUGCAAGGGUCUCUACUACCCUUUCACGAGAAUGCCCAACAUGUUCCACCACGAGACUCAAGAUGAGGCUGGUCUUGAGGUGAGAUUCUUUUGA